CACCUCUUGACUUGUCUGAAUUGCCUCCAGACUUAGCCAUUGAUUGAUGCAACUCUUUAAUUGAAGCAUUCAGUUUUUGUGACUAUCAUCUUUUACCUGCUGGGACCAUUUGUCACCAGUCCAAUGAGCAAGUCAUCCAUCCAUGCCGCAUGCGAUCCUCCUUGCCUCAUCAACAUUUCCACGACUCCUCUUUCGAGUGUCAUCUGCAUCAGCUGUGUUCAAUGCGCUGGUUCCAAAAGGCCGUUUUGGUGACACCAAGGCAAAGAAGAAUAGAAGAAACAAGCCAAAAACAGUGUUCCGUUGUCUUAUUAAUAAGAGUCAACGUGGCCUCCUUCCUUAUUACUUUAUAUGACAGUAUGCUGACUUUGAUCUGUCAGACUCGAGGCCCUAUGGGCGGCCACUCAUCUCUCUCCCUCUCUCUCUUUCUCUCAAACAGUCAUGUCAUCCGAUCCUUCUUACUGCCUACUGAAACCCUCGGCCCUUAUUCAAAAGGCCUUCGCGCUGCUGUUCGGUUGUUUCACGCCCACCCACGGCCAAGCCCGUCCAGAGACCGGAUGUCCACUUUUGUCUCCCUCGUCCGCCUCUGUGCCGCCGUGCCUGGUCGUCGGUAAACUCCUCCGGCGGCCCUCGCCCGGGACCGUCUUUCUUUUUUGACAGCCUCUCGGCGGCCACCCAGGGCGGCUUUCCUUCUUCUUUUCCCUUAUUCCCCUCUUCUACUUGUCUUUUCUAGAUGCUUAGCAAAGGCCGCGGCCUCUUUGCUGCGCGCAAUGGGUCACAGAUGCUGGCUACCCGCUUCUUCCGUGAGCUUCCUCCUUUUGCCUGUAGCAGAUAUGUAGCUAUUAUUAUGAUUUCUCCUCUCUCC